AUGAGUAUCAUUAAAUAUGGUUGUUCUCAUGGAUCGUUCUUGGAUGCACCAUUUGGAAAAGAUGGAUGUGAAGCGUGUGCUCAACAAGCAAGACUUAGAUUUGAAGCAGCAAAAGCUCGGAGAUACAGGUUUAAAUCAUCAUCUUCUAGGGGUUCUGUCGGAAGUAAUUCAUCGGAGGAUGUAAACAAGUACUAUUAUAAUGUGAUUGCAAAUGACGAUGAAUUGACUCAAGACGGAAAAUCUAGGAUAACAGUAGGGAUGAAAAUUGAUGUCGAUUUUUGGGAUGAAGCCAAUAAUCAUUACACUGACAAAAAUUGUAAAUUAUAUGAUGAAGGGAAUAUUUCUCAUAUUUUGGCUAAUUGCUUUGCUGAAUAUAUGAACGAACAGGAUGAAAUUGAUUUUUCUGUAGAUGACAAAAACGAUGAUCAUUUACAAAAUUCCAAAAUUCAUGAAGUGUUGUUGAAAAGAAUAAGUUGCUAUGCAAACGAAAUAUGGUCCCUAGUAUUCCAUUUCAAUCAUUCCGUGGAUGAGCUUGUCAAUUUUAUUCGGAAGGAUGUUUUAAAGAAGAAGGCAGAAAACAACAUCAUGAACGACACGAGCUCAUCUUUCAUAUUGCCGAGUCUUGAGCAAAACGAUGAGAAUAGUAAUAAUUAUGGAAUGCUUGGCUUUGGGGUUGCAUCUAACAAUGAGCUACCAGGAGAUUUUGGUAACUUGACACAGGAAGACAUGCUUUUAUGCUACAUGAUAGGAUGA